AUGUCCAAAUACACUCGAGAGGACUUUGACUUUAUUAAAGAGCUGGGCAAAGGAGCCUACUCUGAAGUCUUUCUCACUAAAUUCAAGAAAACCGGAACCUUCUAUGCAACCAAAGUCAUCAAAAAGGAUUUUGUGAUCAAGGAAAAGAAAAUCAAUACUGUGAAAAUGGAAAAGGAAGUGUUAAACAUUUUGGAACAUCCGAAUAUUAUUUCUUUAUUUUGUACUUUCCAAGAUAAGGAUCAUUUAUAUUUUGUUCUCGAAUUGGCACCUGGUGGUGAAUUGGGUUCCGUCAUUGAAAAGUAUGGACCUCUCUCGUUGGAAGCUGCUCGUUUCUAUAUGGCAGAACUCGUCAAUGGAUUGGAAUUUAUUCACAGCAAGGGAAUUCUUCACAGAGAUUUGAAGCCUGAAAAUUUAAUUCUUAGUGAAACAUUACAUUUAAAAAUCACCGAUUUCGGUACUGCCAAAAUUCUCAAAACCACAAAACCAUUGACUUCUGACGGUGAAGAAUUUGAAGAACCAGUUCUCUAUGUGAAAGGAACCUUUGUAGGCACUGCUCACUACGUCUCACCUGAAAUUCUAAAAGAUCUUCCACAAUCGGAAUGUUCUGACAUUUGGGCUCUCGGUUGCAUUCUCUAUCAUUUUCUGACUGGACGACAAUUAUUUGACGGAGAGUCACAAUAUUUAAUUUUCCAAAAAAUCACAGCCGUUCAAGAAGAAGGUCUUUUCAUUGAAGAUGAAGAAGAUUUGGAUUCAGAUGCUGUCGAUUUCAUUCGACAAGUGUGUCAAUUCGAUGCAGAGAAAAGACUAGGAAGUAGACAACGAGGAGGAAUGAGUGAACUUAAAAAACAUCCCUUCUUUAAGGGAAUUGAUUUUUCACAAUUGGGACAAGAGACUCCUCCACUCAUCAAUUCAAAAUAUCCAGGUCCUAAUUUGUCACAUUUGAAUGGAGCUUCGAAUCAUCUUCUUCACAUUAACAAUGGUAAUAAUGGAUCAUCUUCACUCACCAUCACCACCACACCUUCCUCACCCAAUAGUCCAUUUAGAAGAACCAAUGGUCACAUUCGUUCACUGAGUUCUUCAUCUGAAUCUUCUUCUUCAACUGGUUCGUCCUCUUCGGGACAAAUUGUCAUUGAUGGAUAUUUGAGACGUACCGUUUCAGGUGGUUCUGAAUUAACAGAAUCUCUCAAUGAUCGAUGGAGUAAAUUCUUGAUGAAGAAUGAAAAUGUGGUCUAUACAGCUCUUGUGAUUAAGAGAAGAAGAUUUACUGCAAAAAAGAGACAAUUAAUACUCACGGAUAAACCAAGAAUUUUAUAUAUUGAUCCAGAGAAGAUGUUACUGAAAGGAAUUAUACCGUGGAGUAAUGAAUUGUAUGUGGUGAAGAAGAAUUCGAGAGAAUUUACCAUUCAGACACCUGGAAGAAAUUAUCAACUCGAAGAUUUAAGUAAUGGUGUAGAUGCUUGGUAUGACCAUAUUGAAGGAAUUAAGGAACAAAUGAAAUCCAACAAGUGA